AUGCCGCAGGAAAUCGGUGAGUUGCUCAAAGCAGCCGGGCAGUUCCCCACGGAGGAGGACAUUGAGGAUCUUGUUGAACAGCUGGAUGCUGACGGAAGCGGCGGGCUGAACUUGGCAGAGUUCCUGGAGGUUGUGUCGGCCAAUCCCAAGGGGCGGGACCUUUCGGCCGAGCUGAUCGAAGCCUUCAAGAUCCUGGACGAGGAUGCCGACGGCUUCCUCUCAAAAGAUGAGCUCCGGAAAGCAGCGAAGAAGUUCCAUUCCAAGCUGUCGGAGCAGGACAUUCUCCAGAUGGUGGCUGAGGCGGAUUCGAGCUUUGACGGGAAAAUCAGCUUCCCAGAGUUCGAGCGCAUCAUGAAGCUGCUUUGCGCGCAAGUGCUGUGGAGUUGUGGCAACUUCUUUGAAGUGUUCAUGCUGAAGAAAGCCAGAGUCUUGACUCUGCUGGCACUGUGCAUCCCGGCGCUGGCUUUCGUGCCUCCUGCGCAGCAGCCAGUGCACCAGGCGGUGGCCCCUGCGGGCGCUUCUGCGGCCCCCGAGGUUGAGGCGGCAUCUUCGUUCUCCACCUUGGCCUUCGGCGCCAGCGUGGGCUACGCGUGCGCGGCCGUGGGCGCCGCAGCGCGCCAGGGCCGCGUGGCCCGGAGGGCGGAGAAGGCCUCGGUGGCGAGGACACCGGUGGCCUACCCCAUCUUCACCUUCCGCUGGCUGGCCGUCCAUGCACUGGUGGUCCCCACCGUCUUCUUCCUGGGCGCCAUCAGCUCCAUGCAGUUCAUCCAGCGCUGA